AUGGGUGAUCAUGAUGAAGCUCUGAGCAAGCCUCAGUACUGGGAUGAUCACUACGGUAAAUCAGACGGCGAGAAUCCCACUCACGAGUGGUUCCGCACCUUUUCUGAUGUGGAAGACUUUUUCCAAAAGUUUCUGAUUCAAGCGCCGGGCACAGCACCCGCAGACGAUCCUGUUAUUCUCCAUCUCGGAUCCGGUGAUAGUGUUGUACCGGCUGAGCUGCAUGCCAAGGGCUACCGCCACCAAAUAUGCGGCGAUUUCUCCACCAAGAUCCUAGAUAUCAUGACGGAGAGGCAUAAAGAGCUGUCAGGAAUUACGUGGAAAUGGAUGGACGUGCGAAACAUGACUGACACGCAAGACAAGUCAAUAAACGUUGCCUUUGACAAGGGCACUCUCGACGCCAUGAUCCACGGUAGCCCAUGGAGCCCGCCUGACGAUGUUAAGGACAAUACGAGCAAGUAUCUUCACGAGGUACACAGAGUUUUAAAGGAUGACGGCGUCUUUCUGUAUGUAACAUUUCGCCAAGUCCAUUUUAUGCGGCCGCUGCUGAUCGUAGACGGCCUCUGGGACUUGCAGUUGGAGACGCUUGGCGGAGAAAACGGUGGUUUUGAGUAUUUUGGAUGGAUUUUGAGAAAAGCAAAAAAGCAAUAA